AAACAGUGACAAUGAGCGAAUCCCGGACUAGAUACCUAGUCCUUAUAGACACGUACGACGUAUAUCGCAGGCGAUGGAGCGCACGGAAAGGUAUGAACAGAGAGUGUAUUAGGUUCUGUCUAAGUAAGAGAAAAAGGAACGAAAUGGUAGUUAGGGGACCACCCUAAUAUACCUUAGGAAACGGCCCGUGCGUAGCAAACGGCCGUUCCGGGGCUCUGGGCAUAUGGAUUCCGUACCCACAUGCUCGGCUCUCUUAUGACAACGUGCCAGAGAGGCAUCGUGAGCGCUCCAAGCGCGUUUGCGCCAUGUUCACGACGCCGCCGGCCAAAGGGGGCUAGGGCCUUUCCCAGGAACAUGCCGACACAGAAUACGCGGACGCGGUUCUUGGGAUGUGCGCAUCCCUCUAUGAUAGGAAGAUCGCGCCGGAAAACAUCCCGCGCGAGCCUUUCGACAUGCUCGUCUGGGAUAGGCUCUAUAGGGAGCCUCGAUAUUUCGUCUCCGUGGGCGGGCGAGGCGGAACGCGCCGAGUGGAGCCCGGAUCCUGUCGCAUCGAUAUGCAGGCAGUACUUUCGCGCUGAAGAGGCUGCUCGGCGCCAGGAAUUCCUGAACAGCCACGCCGCGGACAUGGCGAUGACCCUGACGGCAGGGCUCCGGGUCAGGAGGCUCCCUGAACCGGUCGUCGAGUCGUUGAGCGACACGGCGAGUGAGGCGGGUGAAGGGCGCGCUGGCCCGUCUAGCGCCGCGAAGGCUGCAGAUGCCGCGAUGCAAGCCAACCCAGAGCGUCCUGUCGAUGUCCCGGCCACCGCUAAGAUCACCACGCGCAAUCCACUUGGCUUCUAUCUUCCGAGAGAGUUCAGAUGGACGUAUCACAUGGGAUGAAAGACGCAUCGCAUGGUGAUGGGAUGGAAGUAUGACAUGGCCAUCUCAGACGGGAUGGUACAGCCAUCCGGAAGAUCCUGCCGCCC